AUGGCUCGCCUACUUCAGUGCAAUUUGAAUCACUCGGCUAGAGCGCAAGACCACGCGCAGACUAAGGCCGAGUGUAGCAUUGAAUUGACCGUCGUGGCAGAACUGUAUCAAGUCCCUGACUCUCCCGAUUGCGUUGGAGACGUGCUAUUGCUAUUAACUGCUGCCACAUCCUCGCUGUGGGUACUGAAGCGAGGACGUGUCUAUGUGGCAACUGCUUGGGCGUUGGACGUUGUUGUCGUUGAAAUAUACGCUCUUCCCCCCGAUUAUGUUCACGGAUAUGUUCAAAAUAUUUCUUGA